AUGGCGGGAGCGAAAAGUGCGUUGCCUUCGCACCUAAAGGGAAAUGCUGCUCCCAAUGGAGAGGGUGGUGGUGCCUUCAAGAGGAAUCACCACGGAAAAUCUCAGUCACAUGUGGCUUUUGAAAACGCAUCAACCAAUGUAGCAGCUACACAGAUGCGCAAUGCCCUAAACGCACUCGUCGAGACAUGCGAAGACGCCUCUGAAAAAGAGCGAUUUGAGACCGAGAUGGACAAUUUCUUUGGCUUAUUCAGAAGAUAUCUGACAGACAAGGCAAAAGGCAAUGUACUCUCGUGGGAUCGAAUCGCACCACCAGAAACAAACCAAGUCGUCGACUACAGCAACCUCGCCAACUCAGAGUCAGUGGAAUUUCUCAACAAACUGGCAGUGGUCAAACUCAACGGAGGGUUGGGGACAUCCAUGGGAUGUGUGGGCCCAAAGUCAGUCAUUGAAGUGCGUGACGGCAUGUCGUUUCUUGAUCUCUCCGUGCGCCAGAUAGAAUACCUUAACCGGACUUAUAACGUUAGCGUCCCUUUCGUACUCAUGAACUCUUUCAAUACCGAUGAGGACACCCAAAAUAUUAUCAAGAAAUACGAAGGACACAGCAUCGACAUUAUGACCUUCAACCAGAGUCGAUAUCCCCGUAUACUACGAGACUCGCUACUUCCAGCCCCCAAAAAAUUCGAUUCUCAGAUCUCUGAUUGGUAUCCACCUGGGCAUGGGGACGUCUUCGAAUCGCUUUACAAUUCUGGUAUUCUUGAAAAGCUGAUGGACCGCGGGAUCGAAAUCAUCUUCUUGUCAAACGCCGACAACCUGGGUGCCGUCGUAGAUCUCCGGAUCUUGCAGCAUAUGGUCCAGUCCAAGGCUGAAUAUAUCAUGGAACUCACAGACAAGACGAAAGCCGACGUCAAAGGUGGCACGAUCAUCAAUUACGACAACUCUGUCCGGCUUCUCGAGAUUGCUCAAGUCCCCAAAGAGCACACCAAUGAGUUCAAAUCUAUCAAAAAGUUCAAGUAUUUCAACACCAACAACCUAUGGAUGAACCUUGCAGCCAUCAAGCGUGUAGUAGAAAAUGACGAACUCGCAAUGGAGAUUAUCCCCAAUAACAAAUCUAUCUCUGCCGAUAAGAAGGGUGAAUCUGACGUCAAUAUUGUCCAGCUCGAGACCGCGGUCGGCGCUGCAAUCCGACACUUCAAGAAUGCUCACGGUGUCAAUGUCCCUCGUCGACGCUUCUUGCCGGUAAAGACAUGCUCCGAUCUUAUGCUCGUCAAAUCCGACCUGUAUAGUCUUCAGCAUGGUCAAUUGGUGCUGCAUCCUGACCGCUUUGGCCCUGCCCCGCUGAUAAAACUUGGCAACGACUUCAAGAAGGUCAGCGACUUCCAGAAGCGCAUCAGCAGCAUUCCGACUAUCUUAGAACUCGACCACUUGACGAUCACUGGGGGAGUCAAUCUUGGUAGAGGUGUCAAGCUGAAGGGAACUGUCAUUAUUGUGGCAUCGGAGGGUAGUACUAUCGAUAUACCACCAGGCUCAGAAUUGGAGAAUGUGGUUGUACAAGGGAGCUUAAGGCUGCUAGAGCAUUGA